UCUAAAAAGUAGGCCAACAGGUUGUAAACAAAAAUUGUUUAUUCUUAAAUAAUUAUUUAUGAAUAAAAGUUACCCUUUAAAGUACACGUUUGUGUUAAAAUGCGUUUUCACAUGAACGGCAGCAGUGACGAAAAUGAUAUUGUAACUGCGACAGCCAGUGCUGAGCACAUUCGCAAGUUUGUAUUUGGAGGUGGCGCCGAUGCACCCGAGGAUCGCUUGGAAAUCAAAAUACCUGAGAUCCUGCAGGGAGCUUACUCAUUCUAUACCUGGCCUUGUGCUCCAAUUCUCGCCCAUUUUCUGUGGGAACGACGGCAAACACUUAUGUGCAAGCGGAUACUGGAACUGGGAGCUGGAACUGCACUGCCCGGUAUAGUGGCCGCCAAGUGCGGUGCCCGGGUGGUACUCAGCGACAAUUGCAUUCUUCCCAAAUCCCUAGCACACAUACAGAAGUCCUGCCUCACCAAUCAACUGCAACCAGGUGUGGACAUUGAUGUCGUUGGUCUCAGUUGGGGACUGUUAUUGAACAGCGUAUUUCGGCUGCCUGUUCUGGACUUAAUCAUAGCUGCUGAUUGCUUCUAUGAUCCCAGCGUCUUUGAGGACAUAAUUGUUACGGUGGCGUUCCUUUUAGAGCGAAAUCGUGGUGCUAAAUUCAUAUUCACCUACCAGGAACGAAGCGCGGAUUGGUGCAUCGAAGCAUUGCUCAAGAAAUGGAAGCUGCAUGCUUCGACCAUCAAUAUGGAUGAUAUUGGUAAGCAGUCCGGAGUGGAUUUGCUUGAAUUUAUGGGUGGACAUACGAUACACCUGCUGGAGAUAACACUAAACGAACCGGAGUAAUAAAUAAAGAAGCAAAAAACAAAA